CCUCAUACCGUCAUCUAGAAAUCUAAAUUACAUCAGCAGCAGAAAAGCAGCGUAAGGUGUACGAUGGCCAACAACCCUAAUCAAGCUCCACAAGGGCAGGCACAUGAACAAUACGAUGACGAGGUGUAUUACAUGGCUGUUGCUCUGAUGUUUUCCAAGAAGAGCCCUGAUCCUAACACAAAGGUGGGUGCGUGCGUCGUAAAUGAGGAGAAAAAAAUUGUUGGAGUCGGUUUCAACAGAAUGCCCAAUGGCUGUGAGGAUAAGUUUCCAUGGGCGCGUGAAGCUGAGGACAAACUGAAGAAUAAACUGUACAAACUGGAGACAAAAUACCUGUACGUGUGUCAUGCAGAGCUGAAUGCCAUCAUGAACAAAACCUCAGUGGAUGUGAAAGGAUGCACCAUUUAUGUCACUCUGUUUCCCUGUAAUGAGUGUGCUAAGGUCAUCAUCCAAUCAGGUAACACGCAGUUUGACUUAAAGCAGGAUCUCUCUGCCCUGCUGAACUCCAAUAAUCCAUUGUUGAGUGAAAAAGACCAGGACGGAGAUCGUUCCCAAAAUACUGAGGGGGAAAAUCCUAGUGAUGUUCAGUAG